AUGGCAAGUUAUGUUGCUUCCCCAUUUUCUUUCUCUAGUCUUCUUUGUCAUGAACAAACCGAUUCCACAUUCUUCUUCGAACAAGAUCAAGAUGAAAACGCCAUCUUCAUUAACUCAUCACGUAAUGAUCAUCAUAAUAGCAACCUUUGUUUCCUUUUGGAAGAUGAACAAGAGGAAUACAUCGAUUAUCUAUUCAAACAAGAAUCAGGAUUUGGAUCCUCCACCACUCAUUUCUUAUCCUACGACAAUGAUGUUGAUGUUCAUGAUGAUAUAUUCUGGUUGAGAAAUGCUCGUUUACAUGCCAUUUCUUGGAUUUUCAACACACAAGCAAAAUUUGGAUUCACACUUCAAACAGCUUAUUUAUCAAUCACUUAUUUCGACCGCUUUCUCUCCAAACGAUCCAUUGAUGAAUCAAAACCAUGGGCUAUUCAGUUAUUAUCAGUGGCAUGUUUAUCGAUAGCAGCAAAAAUGGAAGAACAAAGAGUUCCUCUAUUAUCAGAAUAUCCAAUAGAGUUUCGAUUUGAAAACAAAGUUAUCAAGAACAUGGAGAUUUUAAUUUUGACUACUUUGGAAUGGAAAAUGGGAUUACCAACACCUUUUGCUUUUUUACAUUAUUUCUUCACCAAGUUCUGCAAUGAAUCAAGACCAGAAACAAUAAUCUCAAAAGCCACACAACACAUUGUAACAUUGGUCAAAGAUUUUAAUUUGAUGAAUCAACGACCAUCUAUAAUUGCUUCUGCUUCUAUAUUAGCAGCUUUUGAUUCUACAUUAACUCAGAAGGAAAUUGAUAUUCAGAUAAGACUAAUCUCAUCAUGGGGAAAUAUAGAAAGUGAACAAGUAUUUUCAUGUUACAAUGUUAUACAAGAAAAGAAGAGAGACAAAGUUAAGAAGACACCUUCCUCGGAUUUAUUAUCAAAAGAGUCGAAUUUGACUUAUGUUGUUGAGAACAAAUCUAGUGGUUUUUCAGGAGUUAAGAGGAAGCUUGGUUAUGAGAAUAUUGAAGAUUUUCAAGAACAAAAGCUACAUCGACCUUAG